AUGUCCUCUAAGAAUGUUCACCCGUCUUCGGCGUUGCUACUGCUUCCCCCACCUCCAUCCUUCGACUUUGGCCCCGUUAAAGAUGUAUUCCAGACCUCGGUCUCGGAUGUUUUGGUCAAGCUCUCCGAGGCACUACAUGGAUCUAAUGGGAUUGCCUCGAUCGAUAUUGCUCUGGCAGUUCCUGGUCUACUUGCUCCAGCUAGCAAGCCCCGGGCAAGAAUCUUCAAGCAACUACAACAUUAUCUCACCAGCAUCUACACUCUGGUGGGGGCAGCCGCGGCAGCUUUGGAUAUUGAGCUAGACUCUCCUGGUGGCAUAGAUGCUCGCGUGGUUUUUGUGGACUCCUCUUCCUCUGCAAUUCGCUCACACUUUGGUCCAACUCUUGAUCUACAGUCACUCGCAGCCUCGGAUCGCGAAUGGGAUCACGUGUUCUAUCCAAGCAAUGAAGCUGGUAAGACGUUAGCCGACGCCUUUGUUAGCUAUAGAAACCAUCAAGCAUCAAAAUUGCGAGCCGUGUCCGUCAACACUAAAUGGGCUGUUCCGAAUCCUCUUUUGAGUCCCGCGCAGGAGGAGCGACUGUCACAGAAUGACUCAACCUCUAAGAACCAGCUGUUAUCAACUCCCCAUUAUUCAGUAGCCGUCGGCGGCACCUUUGAUCACCUUCAUGUGGGCCACAAGCUACUCCUGACCGCCACGGCACUGGUCUUGGAGCCACUCGAAGAGGCAGACCAACGCCGAGAAAGGAUUCUCACCGCAGGUAUCACUGGAGAUGCACUCCUUGUGAACAAAAAGUAUGCGGAAUUUCUCGAGAGUUGGGAGGAACGCUAUCAAAGCACGGCCUCUUUCCUUUCUUCCAUUAUGGAUUUCAGCGGAGGAAGCACCCCACAGCUCGAACGCACCUGGGGAUCCGGCCCCAACGAGAAGACUGUCAAGAUGAGAGUGCGAGCCAACUUGAUUUUCAAUUUUGUGGAGAUUGUCGAUCCCUUUGGGCCUACAAUCACCAUGGAAGACAUUAGCGCCCUUGUGGUCUCCGAAGAGACGCACUCUGGCGGCGAGGCCGUCAACAAUAAGAGAAAGGAAAAGGGCUGGAACGUGCUAGGAGCAUUUGAGGUGGAUGUACUUCAGGCUGGAGCCACGGAGGCCAAUAUCGACUCCAAAAUCAGUAGCACGGACAUCCGACGCCGGCGGAUGAACCUAGCGAAAGUAUGA